CGCGGGGAUGAGGCCCGGCGUGGAACACUGCGGGCGCGCCGGCACAUCCGGGGCCUGGGAGGCGGUGGCGCCCGGCGGGGAUCACGUGGGCCAUUCCUUUCCGUCUCUGGCAGGCUGGGGCGCUGGCGGAGCGCGUGUUGCUCGCCGACUCGUCUUUCCUUAUCUCCGCCGCCCCCCACACCCGACCCUCCGCCCGUAGAGCCGGUGAGGAGGUCGCGGACGCGUACCCCGUCCAGGACCGGCCCAAGGAGCUCCUUCUCGCCUCCUCCGAACGCCGCGUGAGCUGACCCCGCCGCCAAGAUGCCGGCCUAUUUCCAGAGGCCGGAAAACGCCCUCAAACGGGCCAACGAAUUUCUCGAAGUUGGCAAGAAGCAGCCCGCCCUUGAUGUUCUCUAUGAUGUUAUGAAAAGUAAAAAACAUCGGACAUGGCAAAAAAUACACGAGCCUAUUAUGCUAAAAUACCUAGAACUAUGCGUGGACCUCCGCAAGAGCCACCUGGCUAAGGAAGGAUUAUAUCAGUACAAAAAUAUUUGUCAACAGGUUAACAUCAAAUCCUUAGAGGAUGUAGUUAGGGCAUACUUGAAGCUGGCUGAAGAAAAAACUGAAGCUGCUAAGGAAGAAUCACAACAAAUGGUCUUAGAUAUAGAAGACUUGGAUAAUAUUCAAACACCUGAGAGUGUUCUCCUAAGUGCUGUAAGUGGUGAAGAUACUCAGGACCGUACUGACAGAUUGCUUUUAACUCCCUGGGUUAAAUUUUUAUGGGAGUCAUAUCGACAAUGUUUGGACCUUCUUCGAAAUAAUUCUAGAGUAGAGCGUCUCUACCAUGAUAUCGCCCAGCAAGCUUUCAAAUUCUGCCUCCAGUAUACUCGUAAGGCUGAGUUCCGUAAGCUAUGUGACAAUCUAAGGAUGCACUUGUCACAGAUCCAACGCCACCACAACCAAAGUACAGCCAUAAAUCUUAAUAAUCCUGAGAGCCAGUCUAUGCAUCUGGAAACCAGACUUGUACAAUUGGACAGUGCUAUAAGUAUGGAAUUGUGGCAGGAAGCGUUCAAAGCAGUAGAAGAUAUUCAUGGUUUAUUUUCAUUAUCUAAAAAGCCACCUAAACCUCAGUUGAUGGCAAAUUACUAUAACAAAGUUUCGACUGUGUUUUGGAAAUCUGGGAAUGCUCUUUUUCAUGCAUCUACCCUCCACCGACUUUACCAUCUGUCUAGAGAAAUGAGAAAGAAUCUUACCCAAGAAGAAAUGCAGAGAAUGUCAACUAGAGUUCUUUUAGCCACACUCUCCAUUCCUAUUACUCCAGAGCGUACUGAUAUUGCUCGACUUCUGGAUAUGGAUGGCAUCAUAGUUGAAAAGCAACGUCGCCUUGCAACACUGUUAGGUCUCCAGGCUCCACCAACACGAAUUGUUCUUAUUAAUGAUAUGGUUAGAUUCAACGUAUUACAAUAUGUUGUUCCAGAAGUGAAAGAUCUUUAUAAUUGGCUGGAGGUGGAAUUCAAUCCACUAAAGCUUUGUGAUCGGGUUACAAAGGUUCUAAAUUGGGUGAGAGAUCAAGCUGAAAAAGAACCUGAAUUACAACAAUAUGUUCCACAACUGCAAAACAACACUAUUCUCCGACUUCUACAGCAGGUGGCACAGAUAUAUCAGAGCAUUGAGUUCUCUCGUCUGACUUCUCUGGUUCCUUUUGUUGAUGCUUUCCAACUGGAACGUGCUAUUGUAGAUGCAGCCAGACAUUGUGAUUUGCAAGUUCGUAUUGAUCAUACUUCAAGAACAUUAAGUUUUGGAUCUGAUUUGAAUUAUUCUACUCGAGAAGAUGCUCCAAUUGGUCCUCAUCUUCAAAGUAUGCCAUCUGAGCAGAUAAGAAAUCAGCUGACUGCUAUGUCUUCCGUGCUUGCCAAGGCAUUGGAAGUUAUUAAACCUGCUCAUGUUUUGCAAGAAAAGGAAGAACAGCAUCAGUUGGCUGUCACUGCUUAUCUUAAAAAUUCGAGAAAAGAACAUCAGCGCAUCUUGGCUCGCCGGCAGACAAUUGAGGAGAGGAAGGAGCGGCUUGAGAGUUUGAAUAUUCAGCGUGAAAAAGAAGAGUUGGAGCAGCGCGAAGCAGAACUGCAGAAAGUGCGGAAAGCUGAGGAAGAACGACUCCGCCAGGAAGCCAAGGAAAGGGAAAAAGAACGCAUCUUACAGGAGCAUGAACAAAUCAAAAAGAAGACUGUCCGUGAGCGACUUGAGCAAAUUAAGAAAACAGAACUUGGUGCCAAAGCUUUCAAAGAUAUCGAUAUUGAGGACCUUGAAGAAUUGGAUCCAGAUUUCAUUAUGGCCAAGCAGGUUGAACAACUAGAGAAAGAAAAGAAAGAACUUCAGGAACGCCUGAAAAACCAGGAGAAAAAGAUUGACUACUUUGAAAGAGCAAAACGAUUAGAAGAAAUACCUCUUAUAAAGAGUGCCUAUGAAGAACAGAGAGUUAAAGAUAUGGACCUUUGGGAACAACAGGAAGAAGAAAGAAUUACUACUAUGCAACUGGAACGCGAAAAAGCCCUUGAACAUAAGAAUCGAAUGUCAAGAAUGCUGGAAGAUAGAGAUUUAUUUGUAGAGAGACUCAAGGCAGCAAGACAAUCUGUUUAUGAGGAAAAACUUAAACAGUUUGAAGAAAGACUGGCGGAAGAAAGACGUAAUCGCUUGGAAGAACGGAAGAAACAGCGCAAGGAGGAACGCCGUGUGACUUACUACCGGGAAAAGGAAGAGGAGGAGCAGCGCCUGGCUGAAGAGCAGAUGCUCAAAGAGCGUGAAGAGAGGGAGCGUGCUGAACGUGAAAAACGUGAGGAAGAACAACGAGAAUAUCAGGAGCAUGUCAAGAAACUAGAAGAAGUUGAAAGGAAAAAACGCCAGAGAGAGAUGGAAAUUGAAGAAAGAGAACGUCGUCGAGAAGAAGAGAGGAGGAUAGCUGAUGAUUCACUUUCCAGAAAGGAUACUCGUUGGGGUGAUAGAGAUUCUGAGAGCACUUGGAGAAGAGGUCCUGAAGUAGAAUCAGAAUGGAGACGACCACCAGAAAAGGAAUGGCGCCGGGGAGAAGGUCGUGAUGAGGAGAGGUCUCUUCGAAGAGAUGAGGACCGACCAAGACGUGCAGCAGAUGAUGAAGAGAGAGACUCUCUAAGAACAGAUGAAGACCGCAUUCCACGACGUGGUAUGGAUGAUGAUAGGCCCCUUCGACGUGGUGCUGAUGAUGACAGAUUCCCUCGUCGUGGGGCUGAUGAUGACAGAGUUUGGCGUAAUACAGAAGAUGAUCGACCUCCCAGACGGAGUUUGGAUGAAGACAGGGGAACAUGGCGUUCUGCGGAUGAUGAUAGACCGCCUAGGCGAGGACUAGAUGAUGAUAGAGGAAGUUGGCGAACAGCUGAUGAGGACAGGGGUCCCAGGCGUGGAAUUGAGGAUGAUAGAGGACCUAGGCGUGGUCUUGAUGAGGAAAAGUCAUCUUGGCGCAACGCAGAUGAUGAUAGGGGUCCUAGACGUGGCAUGGAUGACGAUAGGGGUCCUAGACGUGGCAUGGAUGAUGAUAGGGGUCCUAGGCGUGGCAUGGAUGAUGAUAGGGGUCCAAGGCGUGGCAUGGAUGACGAUAGGGGUCCAAGGCGUAGCAUGGAUGAUGAUAGAGGACCUCGGAGAAAUGCAGAUGAUGAUAGAAUUUCCAGGCGUGGAGAUGAUGAUAGGGGAACUUGGCGUAAUAUGGAUGAUGAUAGACUCUCUAGACGUGGUGAAGAUGACCGAAUUCCCAGGCGUGGUGAAGAUUCAAGACCCGGUCUUUGGAGACCAGUUGGCAAGCCAGGUGGCUGGAGAGAGAGAGAAAAAGCACGAGAGGAAAGCUGGGCUCCACCUCGAGAUUCUAGGCCCUCAGAAGACCGUGAAUGGGAUCGAGACAAAGAAAGAGAUAGAGAUCAAGACCGUGAAGAAAAUGAUAAAGAACAUGAAAGAGAGAGAGAUGGCGAUCGUGAAGAUCGUUUCAGGCGAUCUAGAGAUGAGACUGGGUGGAGAAGACCAGCUGAGGAAGCUUCAAGUUGGAGAGAUUCAAAUCGCCGUGAUGAAUGGGAUAGAGAUGAUCGUCGUGGUCGUGACAGAGAUGAGAGGGGAGGAAGAGACUUGAGAGAUCGGCGAGAUGAUAGAGACAGAAGAGGGCCCCUAAGGAGUGAGCGGGAAGAAACAAGCUCCUGGAGACGCACUGAGGAAAGGAAAGAUGAACGGGCUGAAGAACGUGAGACUCCUCGUCGAAUUCCUCCUCCUCUUUCCAGAGAUCGAGAAAGAGAAGGUGAAAAGGAGAGCAGGGGUUCAUGGAGAACAGAAAAAGAUCGAGAAACUCGAGAAUCUCUUCGUCGAACCAAAAAUGAGACUGAUGAAGAUGGAUGGACCACUGUACGACGUUAAAUCUCAAGAGAUACACAGUCUAAACUGGUGUUUUAUCAUAGGUUUGGUCACAUUCAAGGAUUAUUAUAUUUGUGCUUAAACCAUUCUAAAUUGGAUUUCUUUAACUAAUGUUGUUUCACCAUAACAUGAAAAGCAUGAACUUGUAUUAAUCCUAUAUAGAUUGAUCAUGCAUUGUAUCUGCAGCAGGAAGUUGGAAAACUGAAUGCCAUUUUCUGAAAUUUAAAGUGUUGCAUUAUUUCAAUGAUCAUUUGUUUACAAAAAAAAUUUUUAAAAACCCACAAAAUUUAAAAUGUGAAUCCUUCAGGUAUUGUAGCACAUAUAUCUCAGUAUAAAACUGAUCUCUUUUCUUUUCAAUUUCAAAAUAUCUAGUCUUAUUUUGGAAUGAGGUAAGAUUCUGUCAUAGAAAAAUGUAUUUGAGUAUCUUUAAAGCAGUGGUAUCGAAAAAACAACUGAAGCAAUUUUCAUUUAUACUAAAGCUAUUGUUGAAAUAUACCUUUUUAGGUAUUUUGAAGCACGGCUUUUUGAGGUAUUUAUUAUCUGAAUUUAAAAAAAAGGUUUUAGGUUCACAUUAAGUGCAGUAAACAUGAACAUUGGAUACAGUGGAAUUGUCUGUAGGUUUUACUUGAAUGCUGGUAGAUGUGGAACAAUUUGAAGUCAUUGUUCUAAUGAAAUAUGACUACUGCUGAUGUGUGAAACCAGAAAAAUACAGCUUUUAAAUGGAAAGCAUUGGGUGAAUCUAGUGCUGAGUUUUUUCUGUUGCCAAUAGCAAACUGCUUUUCCAUUAAUGGAGAAUUCAUGCCUUUCAAGCAUUUUAAAUAUGACAAUAUUUAUAAAUGUGUGGUUUUGGAGGAAUUGUUUAAAUUCUUUUCCUAAUUUCCUUUGUCUUCAGGAUAGAUUCUUUCAGCAAGUACUUUGUAGUAAUGACUGUGUUGACUUCAAUUUUGAAGUGUAGUAGCCAUGUUAAUUAUUAACUCUUUGGUCUUAUUGAAGCCAACACAGUACUUGCUGCUGUGUUUUUUCUUCAAUGAUAAAUAAAAUACUUACAGAA